CCUACCCUGUACCAAAAUGGAGCGUGGUUUGUUAUUGGGAAACAGACUGUUCAUGAUUUUGUUCUUAUUUGUAAGAAGAAGUUUAUUGAGUUUUUUAUCAGACAAAGAACCCAACCUCAGCAGAUCUCUGUGGAUGACACAAGUGAGGCGGCAGUUCAGGUUCGUGAGUUUCUGGAGGCAACAUUGCAAUCUUUGUCACGUGAUCUCUAUAAAGGUGGAUUGCAGUAUCAUAUUCGGGUCGCCUGUCCGUAUUGUCAGCGGGAAAAAUGCUCAAGCCAUAAUCAAAUUGCAUGUUCUCAUGAAGAUUGUCUUCACCUCCUUGAGGUAAGACAAGGCGUUCAUCUGAUUUGCAAAAAGAAACCUACACAUGAACUACUCACAGUCACAGGAAUGCAAAAAUGGUUCUCACAGCUUCCAAGCAAGGUAGGUAGCACUGAAAUUCCAUCUCUAUCAGUGCUGUUAGCAUGUUACAUGUAAAUGGAAAGUUAUAUUGCUACUAAAUUAAUAUUAUGUCACUGAAAGGCUAGUCAUCUAGGCCGCCCCACAUGUCCUUCAUAGUCCUUACCAGCAAUUGCGUUCUGGACUUCUAUACUUAAAAAAGCUUCAACAAAGUUUGUGUGUCAUUAUUAGAUUAUAAUAAUGUACUACGUAGGCCUUCAUUUAUUCUACCAAGACUCUCGCUGGGUAAAAAGAAGCAAACAAUAGUACUGAAAAUCAAGUAAUUUGAUAAGGCCAGUUGGCUAGCAUAUAUGACUCAAAGUUCUAUUCAAUUUUUUUUAGCUCUUUGCCCCGACAAAUGGCUAGCCUUAAAUACCUACUGCAGGUGCAUAACAGUGUGCAUUCAUAAACGUUUCUCAAGCUUUUUUUUUGGGGGGGGGGGAUUUGUGUGCACAGUUCAGAGGGGGGCACUGAAGGGUACCCAAUACCGCAAUACCGUAUGAAAAAUUGGCAAAUACCGAAAUACCGUGUCGAAAAUGGACGAAAUACCGAUACCGCAUUUAUCAUCGGUGACCCUUACUUAUAACGUUGUAUCCAUCUCGCGUGUUUUUUUUUUUAUCUCAAGCAUUUAUACACCAGAAAUCAACCUCAGCCUUCGCGAGAAAACAUGACAAGAUCUCGAAUUGAUCGAUACAACGAUCGAAAAGUCAGGUCAUUGGAUGUCCUACCACAUCAUAGAGUAACUGUUAGAAAUUGUGUAUUCAUUUACCGUUAAGUAUAAAGUCUUCCAAAUAUUGACCUACAUUACACAGAAGAGGCCGAAUACCGUUAGCCAGAAGGAUGAAAUACCGCAGGGCUGGGUGAUACCGCAAUACCGCACGUUAAAAUCAAAAUUACCGAAAUACCGCUUGAAAAAAAUCUCAAUAUCGCAAUACCGUAAACCCCCAUGUCCCCCUCAGUUCAGAAAAGAUCAUCCUUUCAGUGUUUGUUUUGCUGUUGAUGAUGUCAUGUUUUGCAAAGAAACCCCAGAUGUAGAUUUUCUACCUUGAAAUAUGCAAUUUUGGUUUCUAUAUAGGACGUGUGUACUUCUUCUUCAUCAUCAUCUCAUGCUGCACAAGGUCAUUCAGAGGGUUUAAUAUUGAAAGUUACCCUCCUGGCGAACGAAUGGGGGUCGUCUAAGGGUGGUUUGUCAACAAUAAACAGGACUCUUGCCAUACAUUUGGCAAAAGACCCACACGUAGAAGUCACUAUCCUUGUACCUGAAUUUCAGUGUGGAGAAAAAGAAAAGAGAACGGCCAAAAGUCACAACAUUUCCAUCAGGGAAGCAGAGCGUCUUCCUGGCUUCAGUGAUCCUCUUGACUGGUUGAUCGUUCCACCAGAAGACCUAGACAUUCAGGUUGUAAUCGGCCAUGAAACAAAGCUUGGUAGACAAUCGCAAAUUAUCAGAAAGUCUCAUCGAUGCAAGUGGGUGCAGGUUGUUCACACUGAGCCUGAAGAACUGGCGAUGCAUAAGAAUUAUCCAAGCGCCAUUGCCAAGGGAGAGGGGAAGAACAGAGCUGAAGUUGACCUUUGUCAAAUUGCAGAUCUCGUUGUUGCCGUUGGACCCAAGUUGAAAGAAGCGUUCUCGUGCAAGUUGCGCUCAUCUCAUCGAGAUAUCUUUCAGUUAAUACCAGGUUCCUUUGCAGAGUUUUCAGAUAUUGAACAUGCUGCGCAAGAUGGUGUAAAUUUCCGAGUAUUGACCUUUGGUCGCGGUGAUUUGGAAGACUUUAGUCUAAAAGGAUACGAUAUUGCCGCUCACUCCAUAGUUGAAUUGAAGGACAGUUCCUAUAGUCUUCUUUUCGUUGGUGCAUCCCAGGGAAGGCAGGAUGAAGUCGCAGAAAUCUUACUCCAGACUGGCAUUUCAAAGAACCAGCUGAUUGUUAGAUCAUUUGUAAAAGACAAGCAAAGAUUGAGAGAGUUGUUUUGUGAAGUCGACCUGGCCAUUAUGCCAUCAAGAACUGAGGGGUUUGGUUUGACAGCAUUGGAGGCCAUGUCAGCUGGUCUUCCCAUUUUGGUAAGUGGAAACUCUGGAAUUGGAAAAGCACUGCGUGGUCUUCCAAUGGGUGAGUCAUUUGUGAUCGACUCUGAUGACCCCAAGGAAUGGGCAAAGGCAAUUGCAGCCAUCCGUCAAAACUCAAGGACACAGCGGCUUGAGGAAAUCCAAAGACUGCGAAGAACUUAUGAUGAAAGAUUCAGUUGGGAGGGACAGUGCCAGGCCCUUGUUGCCAGGAUGUGGAGGAUGGUCUAUGGUAAGAAAUCAAAUUUACCGAUAGGAAAGUAA